AGACUUUAAGUGACAAGUCAAGAGACGCUAAAGUAAAGAGCAAGCCGAGAACUGUUCCAUAUUUGCCAAAGUACUCUGCUGGACUAGAAUUACUUAGCAGAUAUGAAGAUACUUGGGCUGCACUUCACAGAAGAGCCAAGGAAUGUGCAAGUGCUGGAGAGCUGGUGGACAGCGCGGUGGUCAUGCUCUCCGCCCACUGGGAGAAAAAGAAGACGAGCCUCAUGGAGCUCCGGGAGCAGCUACAGCAGCUUCCAGGCUUAAUAGCAGAUGUGGAAUCCAUGACGGCAAAUCUGACUCAUUUAGAGGCUAGCUUUGAGGAAGUAGAAAACCACCUGCUGAGUCUGGAGGAUUUGUGUGGCCAGUGUGAAUUAGAAAGAUACAAGCACAUGCAGUCCCGGCAGUUGGAAAAUUACAAGAAAAAGAAGAGGAAGGAACUUGAAGCCUUCAAAGCUGAACUUGAUGCCGAGCACACCCAGAAGGUCCUGGAAAUGGAGCACAGCCAGCAAGCGAAGCUGAAAGAGCGGCAGAAGUUUUUCGAGGAGGCCUUCCAGCAGGACAUGGAGCAGUACCUGUCCACGGGCUACCUGCAGAUCGCGGAGAGGCGAGAGCCCAUGGGCAGCAUGUCGUCCAUGGAGGUGAACAUCGACAUGCUGGAGCAGAUGGACCUGAUGGACGUGUCUGACCAGGAGGCCCUGGACGUCUUCUUGAACUCGGGCAGCGAAGACAACACUGCGCUGUCACCGGCCGCAGGGCCCGAGGCGGAUGGCGCGCGGCGUGAGGUCACCCUCCGGGCUCCCAGCCCCGCGUCACCAGCCGAGCCGCCGUCCUCACCGUCUGUGUGCACCGAGCCGGCCCCCGGCAGCGAGUCCCCCAUCGUCCAGUCCGACGAGGAGGGAGUGGAGGUAGACACGGCCCUCGCCACCCUGCACACCGACGACAGCGACGACUCGUAGCUGUGCGCCCCGCCCUGGCGGCACGCGCUUCCCUGGAGGCCCGCCUGUGCCACCGCUGACAAUAAAGCUUGCGGACCUCAC